GUCGCUAUUUUUUUCUGUUUGUUAAAAUUCAAUCGGCCAUAUUAUUCUGCAAAUACAAUCGCAUCAUCAUCUCGUUGCUCUAUCGAUAAAUUAGCUAUUCGUUCAUUAAGAUCUGAUCAGAAGCAGCUGAUCAGUGUGACUUGUUUGCUGCACCCAAGCAAUUCCACCACAGCAGGAUUAAUCUCAGCAAAGGCGGAGCUCAUUUAUACGCGAAUUACUUUCAAUUUAGGGGGGAUUUUGAAAUCCCGGUCUGUCUCAAAGCGUCCGGUUAAUCUGGAGCCAUAUGGUAACCCUAAAUAAAAGCAUGGGGUAGAAAUAGCAGAGGUUACUGUCUGGAAGUUAACUCGUAAAGAGAGACCUUUCUGCGACCCUGUGCUGUGUUUACCAAAAACAAGUUCACACACACUGACCCUCCAAGACUAAGAGAAAGCUAUGAAACUGCGAGCAUGCCUGCGCCAUUGUGGAUCUGUUUGUGACAACGGCGCUUGAAUUAACCUAACAUACUUCUAAAAACAUUAUCAGGGUAUGCCUUUAGUGUUUGAACGUCUCGUACAGAAGAAGAGGACGCGAAAAGACGAUAUUAAUUCAAAAAACACUGAUUAUAUAUCAGUGAAAAAACUCGCUGCUGCCUUCAGACACAGCUUCCCGUUUGAUCAAUUUUGGUCUAUACCAACUCCGGCAGGGGCGCCGGGGUUAACUGAAUUCAAAUAGAAAGAGCUACAAACAGCUCGUUUACAAAAUUGAAAGUCUUAUUCGUUUUUAAUUAAAGGAUCCCCGGUAUCACAAUUCCCUUUGCGGUCCAUAUUAGACCGCACUGAACGGUUUGUAUUUUGCGAUUGGUGCGUUCCUCGUUGCGCAGCGCCUCCUCCAUUCCGUGGAAGACACAGAGAGGAGAAUCCUGUGUGCUGCCAUGGACAGUGUGGAGAUGGAAUCUGCCCAGAUUAAAGAGGAGUUCCCUGAAUUUGAACUUGACCCCUUUAGAGCGGAGAUCUCUGGGCUGGCUUCCCUCCCCAUUAAACAGGAGCUCUGUGAGGUGCAAUGUGACAGCAGCCAGCUACAGGUCUCUGAGAUUAAAGCUGAGCACAAUGAAUUGGAGAUCCCACAGACGGAAGAACCCCUUCCUGUGAAACAAGAAGAGGUGCUGGAAAGUGUCCAUAUUAAACAGGAGCCCCCUGAAGUAGAGUUUGACCACAUGGAACCAGUGAAGGAAGAAUCCGAGGACUUCAAACCAAACAUCCCAGAGCUGGAGCCUGUGCGCCAGCAGGAGUGUAGCGUGGUGCGGGAGAGAGUCUGCGUGAGAGAGCAAGGCGCUGGAGAGGAAGACUGGUGGUCAUAUUCAGAAUGCAGUCUAGCAGGUUCCAGUCCAGCAGCUAAAGCGAGGGCAGACGGUGGAGAAUAUACUGACUGUGGGAAAGGUUUCGCCCAGUUAGGGCAUUUAAACAAAACCCAGCGAACUCACACAGGAGAGAAACCGUAUCGCUGCUCUGACUGUGGGAAGAGUUUCAGUCAGUUAGGAAGCCUAAAAGAACACCAGCGAAUUCACACAGGAGAGAGACCGUAUCACUGCUCUGACUGUGGGAAGAGUUUCAGUCGGUCAGACAGCCUUGUUUUACACCAGCGAACUCACACAGGAGAGAAACCGUAUCACUGCUCUGAUUGUGGGAAGAGUUUCAGUCAGUUUGGAAGCCUAAAAGAACACCAGCGAAUUCACACAGGAGAGAAACCGUAUCACUGCUCUGACUGUGGGAAGAGUUUCAGUCGGUCAGACAGCCUUGUUUUACACCAGCGAACACACACAGGAGAGAAACCGUAUCACUGUUCUGACUGUGGGAAGAGUUUCAGUCGGUUAUAUGGCCUUGUUUCACACCAGCGAACUCACACAGGAGAGAAACCGUAUCGCUGCUCUGACUGUGGGAAGAGUUUCAGACAGUUAGGAAGCCUAAAAGAACACCAGCGAAUUCACACAGGAGAGAAACCGUUUCACUGCUCUGACUGUGGGAAGAGUUUCAGUCAGUUGGGAAGCCUAAAAGGACACCAGCGAACGCACACAGGAGAGAAACCGUAUCGCUGCUCUGACUGUGGGAAGAGUUUCAGUCAUUCAGGAACCCUGAAAGAACACCAGCGAACUCACACAGGAGAGAAACCGUAUCACUGCUGUUACUGUGGGAAAAGUUUCAGUUACUCAGGAACCCUGAAAACACACCAGCGAACUCACGCAGGAGAGAAACUGUAUCACUGCUCUGACUGUGGGAAGAGUUUCAGUCUUAAACGAGCCCUUCAAAAACACCAGCGAACUCACAGAGGAGAGAAACCGUAAAGACUGUUCAAUGGGACUUCUCACUCAAACCUUGCAUUAUGAAUCCCUGUGUAAUUACUGUUUUGUGUAUCACUCUUAAGAGCGUGCAUUUUAAAUUGUAAAAAUGCAAAUCAACACUCUUGCACUCUGUCAAAGUGGGCGGUGAUGUAGACACAAGAGGCUUCUCUGCUGUCAGUUUAACUCUGGAUGUCAAUGCAGUCAGUGCCUGGGAGCGGGACUAUGCUGAAAGGAAACUAUUCUGCCAAUAACACAAAAAUCAAAGCAAAGGUUUAAUUUUAUUUCAUGCUGCAAUAGUGAGGUUUUUCUUGUUUACAUCUGUUGAGUUUUGAAGCUAAGGUUUCUUGUGAACCGCUGUUUAGAGGAUAUCUUUAAACAAAAAGUGAUUUCCUAUUAUCCCUGACAUGAGGGUGGUUAACCAGUCCCUGUAAUAGACAACCCCACGUUACACAGGUAUUAACAUCGUUAGAGUUCAUUUUCAUGUGUUGAAUGAUAUUUUGCAUCAGCUCCUAUUCUACCUUUAAAUAAAUUUGAGUCAGAUGAUAA